AUGAAAAAUAUAGUAUCCUCAAAAAAAACGAGAAUUUCUGAUCAAGAAAUAUCUUGUUCUGAAGGAGAAGAUGAUCCUUGGAGUGACAACAAACAAGAAUUCAGAAGUGUUUCAGUGUGUUCUACAUUAAUUGAGCAGGAAAAAACUUCAGAAAAAACUAUUGAAAAACGUCAAUUUCGAAAACGACGUCCUGAACAAAAAAGACCAUAUACAUAUGAUCUGUUAAAGCACAGAGAGGAAUUUAGAAAGUUGGGAAUAAAGCCUAUGACAAGCAUGUUUUUAGAUCAUUUAGAUUCUGGGAAUUCGGAUUCUCAAUAUACAUCUGAAGAUAGUGAAGAUUCAUAUAUGAGUUUAGCACAUGCAGCCUCAGAAAGUCAAGAUUCAGAAAUCUUUAAAUGGUUUAAAUCGAAUGCAAAAUUUAUUAAUCCAAAUCGGCAUAAUUGGCGUCUUAAAAGAACUAGGAAAUUUUUGCAAAAACAAUUAUCUUCAAGCUCGAAUAAUUCGGAGGAAAUAAGCCAUAUUUCUAGUUAUAAUUCAGAAACAAUGAUUGAUACUAUUGCUGAACCAUUCCAAAACUCUGACGAUGUGAUUGAAGUUAAAGAUAAAGAAUAUCAUUCUGAAAAUAAUAUAUCAAAUACAUCAACACUGUCUUUGAGUAAUUAUUCACCUAGCAUUUCUACUGGACGAAAUUCUAAAAUAAAAUCUAUUUUGCUAAAUAGUGUUGAUAUAGAUAUAGAAAAAAGUGAUUCCCAUUAUGAACAAAGUCUUAUAAAUGAUAUUUCUCAUUAUAAAAAAAAACUUAAAGGAAUUCUUCCACCAUCAUAUCUUACUUUAGAAAAUAGAUUUAUUACUUCAAAUAUACAUUCGAAAGAAAACGCAUUUAAAAAGAAAAAGAAUUUUCAAGAAAAAGAAAAUAAAAAAGGUUUAGUAAAAAGAAAAAUGGCAAAAUUUCCACCAGUUUCAGAAUCUUUCUUAACGAUUAUGAAUACAGAAAAUUUGUCAGGGGAAUCUGAAAGAAUAAACAACUUAAAUUUUACUGAGGAUAGAAAUGAUCAUAAUUUAUCUAGUCAAUCUUCUGAUAAUAAUAGUGCUUUAGAAAAAAAAUUAAUAAAUAGAAUGUACGCAAAGACAAGAGUACUUAAUAGUUAUUUGGACUUGAAAAAAAGGCGUAAAAAAGAUAAUAUAUAUAAAAAAGAUUUAGAAAAAUCUUUAGAAUAUAUGUUACCAAGAAAAAAAAUUAAAAAAAAAUUAAAUAAUUUUUCACAUGUUAUAAUAAGAAAACGUCCUGCAAUUAAAAUAGGAAUUUUAGAUAUUUUUAAAAAAUAUAAAGAUAAAAACCAUCAAAUUUUUCCAAAGUUUAUCAAUUUAGCAUGUCGAAUUAUGAAAUCUAGAAAAGAUCUUGGCAGAUGUUAUCCUUAUAAAAAGUUUUUUUUUUUUGAUAACAUUGAUGACAGACAUGAAGUAAAUGAAAUAUUUAGAAAAUGGAAACAAGGCAUUUUAACUCCAGUAUAUCUAAAAAAUGAUAUUUUUUCUAGUUAUGUAAAAUCAAAAAUUAUAAAAGAUUCAGGUGACUUAGAAGGAAAAAAAUCAAGUGUAUCAGUUAAAGAUUAUGAAGCAGAACAAAAUAUAGAAAAUUCUAAUAAAAAAUCUAAAAAAAUCAUUGGGAAAAUGCUUUUUCAAAGAGGAUUACAAAAAAAAUUAACAGAUAAUUUCAUAAAAAGACAAAAUAAUCAUUGUUAUGGAAAAAAAAGUUAUGAAAGAUAUAAUACUAUAGGAGUUUUUAAGUCUAUUUAUGAUUGGCUGGAUAAAUUAUCAUUAUAUAAGCUAAAUAUUGAUAGAGCUGAUACUAAUAUAGAAAAACAAAAAGAUAAUUCAACUUUGAAGUUAAGAAAAUACCAUAAUAUUCGUAAGUCGACAGCUAAAAGAAUUGAUUCCAAUCAUUUUGAUGAUACUAUAAUUCAUCGUUAUAAUCUAGAUGAAACAAAUGUGAGAAAAAAAACUGUUAAUGAUUCUUUUCAACAAUCAUUAAAACAAUUUUUCUUAAAAAACUCGGCGUUUUCAAUGUCAUUUAAUGUUAAUCCUAUUAAACAGGGUAUUUUUUUCGCUUCAGAAACAUUUAUUGGCAAUGGUCUACUUCGAAAAUUGUUGUUAGAAUCAGAUAAUAGUGCUGAGGAAUCAUUAUACUGUAUUGAGUCUUAUACUAUAUUCAAUUACGAAAUACAAAAUGACCUUCCUAAUGACAUUAAAAAAAUACAAAAAGUAUUUGAGGAGUUCUCAUAUAAUGUUUUAGAAUAUAAUAUUCAAAAUUCUAAAAAAAAAGAUAUAGCUAACUGUCCGUUAUAUUCGUUUUUAUUUUAUAUAUUUCGUUAUAUUACUUUUUGGUUACAAAAGGAUGUUUCGGGACUUUUAAUAGAUUUUUCUAAAAAUCUUUUAGAAUCAUGUGAAAACCUUUCUGAACAAUUGAUUUCAUCAGUUCAAUUUUGUCGGAAUUUCUCCAUAGAGUCUGUUCCAGUAAAAUUCUUUUUUCAACUACAAAUGUUUUCCUUAAUUUUUGCUUUUCAAUUUACAAGACUAUAUUUUACAAAAAACAUUUCUAAAUUUCAUGAUAUGUGUAACACGAUAAUAAGCAUAUCUCAGAGAUUGAUUAAAUAUUUACUUCAGCUUGGAUUUGAUUCUUUAAGUUGUAAAUUAAAGAAACAAAAUAACCCAAAAUAUUUAUCAAAAGGAAUUAGCAAUGAGGAUUAUUUUAUUGAGGUUUGGGUAGUAACUAUUCAUAUAAUAGAUUUUUCUAAUACAUUGUUUGGUCAAUCAAUAUCUAAUUUUUGGACUCUUUUAAAUUCUGAAUUAAAUUCAUCUGAAAUAUAUGAAUUUCUUAGUCAUGAAAAAUGCUGGUACUCUGUAAUGAAUAUUGUAUUAUUAUAUCAAUUUAAUUUAUCUGGGGUUUCUUAUUUUCCAAAUGGACCUGAUAAUUGGUCAAUGAUAGAAAAAAAGUUAUCAAUUUUUUUUGAAAACACAGAAAUAUUUAAGAAAGAAUUAGGAAAUACUCAAGAUGCAUAUAUUCGGACUUUAUUUGGGAGAUGUCACUAUCUUAUUUCUACUUGGAAAUGGUCAUAUUCAAAAUCUAUUGUUAUUUUAUUAUAUACUUUUUUUAGUAAAAGACAAUUACGUAAUUUAUUAAGUGAGAAUCUACCAGGUUAUCCGCGUUUUAUCGAAAAUCUUAAUACAAUUAUUCCUACAUCUAUUGAAACAUAUGACACGUGUUUUCAUAUUUUUUUAAAAUUAAUUAUUCUAGUAAUUGAUCAAUUAAAAAUACAAUCAGAUGAUUUUUUCAUAUUUUCUAAAGAUUUAAGAAUUUUAAUAUCACGUAUAAUACCUCUUCAUAACCGCAAAUAUUCAAAUGAUCAGGAACUUUCUAUUGAAGAUUUUAUUUCUCUUGAAAAUCAUCAUAGUCUUUUACUUAUAUUAUUCCGAGCUGUUCCAUGUCAGUAUCGACCACCUAUAGUAAUGAUACAGGAUUUAGUACAAAUAGAAAAUGCGCAUUGUAAGGCGAGAUUAGUGAAUAUUAAAGCGUGGCUUUAUUUAACACAUUUUCUUUUAUAUAAUUCAAAUAAUGAUGAAUUUCAAGCUGUGUGUAGUUGGUAUGAUUUAGUAUUGGAUACAACUAGAGAGGAAUAUCUGUCAAUAUAUCGUGCUCACAAAUUUCAACUAGAUUUGAAAACUUUAAAAUGUUUUUCAAAUAACAAAUUAUUAAAAUAUAAUUUAAAACAACUUGAAAAUGUAAUGAUUUCAUGUUUAACUUAUAAAAAAGAGAUCAUUGACUUAGAAAAUAACAAUAAUAGAGAAAAGAUUUUACAAUUGUUUAGUAAAGCAUCAUCAAUUAAUUUAUUUAACUUCUCAUCUAUUAUUCCUAAUUCAGUAGUAAUUGAAGCAUUAAAUUUGACAUCUAGUUUUAUUCGAAAAUUAUCCAAAAAACGUUCUUACAAAAACCAUAAUGAACAUGUAAAUGAUAGUCAAGAUUAUGGUGAUAUAUCUAUAUUUUAUGACUUAAUUGACGAAUGCGAUCUUCAAGAUAAUAUUGAAUAUCAAUUUUCUAUGAUUAUUAAUAAAACUUUAAGUGGGCAAAUCUUUCAAAUGCUAUCAAAUUAUUUAGGUUCUGAUAUAGAAAUUUCGUAUGAAUUAUUAAAUGCGAUUAUUGAAUGCUGGGUACUUAUAGCAGAUCUUUUAGUAAGAAAUGGAAUUAAAGAAUGGUCAAAUUAUUUAGAUUAUGGACAAGAGUCAUGGAUUCGUUUUGGAAAUAAUUCAAAAGUUAAUCAAACAGGUGUUAUUUUUAUGUCAAAAGUAAUUAAAGAAUGUCCCAAUGCAUAUUUUGCUUAUCGUGUUACAUUUAUAUCAUAUUGGUUCCGUGCUAUUGUUGAGGAUAAACUUUAUGAUCAGCAUAUUUUAACAAGUCUUAUUUUAAAUAUUGAUUCAUGUAAUAAAUUAUGGAAAAAUCCUCCUUUUAUAAAAAAAUCUGGUUUUUUUCAAAUUCAGCUUUUUGAAAUAAAACUUUGUCAAUUGUCUAUAAUUUCAAACACUUUAGCGAAUAUGGGAGAAAUUUAUAGUCAUUUAAUCUCUGAAAAUUCUAUACAAAGUACAAAAAGUGAAUUUUUAACUUAUUUAUCAAAUCUUUUUCAUUCCAUGCGUGAAAAUUAUCAAAAAUUAAUACAAAAAAAAGACAAUGAUAUUGAAAAAUAUAUUGGUUUGUGUCAGAAACUUAUUGGCAAUGUUUUGCAAUAUUGUGGAGAAUUUGUUAACGAAAACAGUCUUCCAAUUUUAGAGUGGUUUACUGAUUCAACAAACUUUCCGCAACCAGAAGAAGAUAUUAUUUAUACUGCAAAAAAGCUUAAAGGUUAUGAAAGAAGAAACCUUCAUAAUCCUAUAAUACAGGAAGAAUUGUUUAGAUUUGUUAAAGCGAAAUGUGAAACUGCGUUAUUUGAAAAUAAGAGAAGUAAAUUUUCUACCUUAAUGUGUUUUGUUUUAGAUGAAACAAAAAAUAAUAUAAAUGUUGAAAUACAAACUAUGAAUCUUAUUUCUUUUAUUCUUGAUGAAAUUUUUACUACAUAUAUUAUAUAUUCAAAAUCACAUAUUACAUGGAUAUACAUAAUUCCUAUGUUAGAAGCUACUCAAGAACUUUUUACUAGUUUUUUAAGAUAUAAAUAUCAGAAUUCAAACAUAUAUUCUAUUUUAAAUAUUAUGGAAUCUUUUUUUAAUGUUCUUUUAUCUUGUCUUAAAACUUUUUUUGAAUCAUCUACUUUAUUAGCAGUAUAUGGUUCUGCUAAAAUUUUUGAAAUAUUAGCAGUUUCAGUUGAAUUUUUGGAGUCACUAAGUCAUACUAGUUGUUUGAAGAGUAUAUGUCCUUAUAUAUUUGAAAAUAAGUGUAUUGAGCAUUUGUGGGAGUAUGUUUCUAAUUUUUUGAAAUUGGUACCUAUAUUUGUAUUAUGGAUAUCAUCUAGAAAAAAAUCUAUCCGCUGGCCGGAUUUAUAUAUUGUAGAAACACAAAAAAAACAAUUAGCAACCAUUCAGAGGCAAAUACAUAGAGAAUGGGUAUUGAAAGAUUUUGAAACAGAAUAUACUUGGUUUCAUAAUUUUAGGAAUCAGGAAAUUAAACUUAUUUCUGGUUUUAAUGAAGAAAAAAUAAAACAAUUAUUAUUAAAGGGUGUUUUUAAUUUUGUUUUAUGUCUUUUUUCAUGCGGAGGAACAUGGGAAUUACGUGUAAAGGAGAUUAUACCAUCUAUUUUUUUUGAAGGAUUGUUAAUAGAUCAGAAUGUUAUUAUUGAAUUUAUGGCAAGCAUUGGGAAAUUACAUGAAUAUAAUAAUAUAUGUAGAAACAAGCAUUUUGAAAUAAAUAAUACACAAGUUAUACAGCAUUCUGAAUAUUUAGAUGAUUUAUUUAUUUAA